GCUCCUCGCUCUUCGACAGUCGGCGCGGUCCCGUCCCCUCGGUCUCCUGCUGCCCUCGUCUGCUCGGGAGACAGAACGCAGCCGGGGCCGGGGUGUCCGCUGUGUGCCGCCCGUUCGGCGCGGUGGUGUUAUUACGACCGCCGGCCAGCGUCGCCUCAACGAACACAAACCGUCUGGUUUUUUCUUUGUGUCCCCGAAAACUACGUUUCCCAUGAGCCAUUGCGAAACGCGAACGCGCAGCAGGGCGAGCGAGAGAGCGAAAUGCUUUUUGGUUGUUGUGGGAAAGAUUUUUCAUAUUUCCACGCUCCUCUACAACUUCACCGUUUCGUACACGCUCACUCGAAUAACGUCGAUGACUGCUGGGACUUGAAACGUGUCACGAGAGACAAGAGUCUUCCCUUCUACUGAAGACGCUCCUCCGCAGCUAGCUUAACUUUCUUGCUAGCAUUUGGGGGGGGGGGGCACACAAACACGCCAUAGACCGGGGGAACCAUGGAGACGGGGUAAAUAAUAAUUUGCCCUGGGUCCAGCGAUAACAUGCAGGCGGCUCCGGCGGACCCGGCGGGAGAGCCCCCCUCCGUGACGUGGGGCCUGGACCCGAUGUUCUCUGCCUUCGCCAGGCUGUUCGUCGGAGACAUCCUGCGGAUGACGGAGUCCACGCAGGUGCCAGGUAUUUACUUCUACAACUCGCGGCCAGUCUACAAAGUCGAUGUACUUGGGACAGUGGUUUAUAAGAGAGAAAGAGAAGACUUCUUCUGUUACGGAGUGGACGAUGGCACUGGUGUUAUAAACUGCCUGUGCUGGAAAAACGAGCUGUUUAAGGAGGAGGAGGAGGAUCCUGGUAAAUCCGGGGGAAAGCGCAGCGAUAAAGGUCACGGAGGCUUCAACCCAGUCGGCGAGCUGAAGAAGCUGAGACAGGCCCAACAGAAACGCUGCCGCCUGGAGAUUGGAGAACUGCUCCGGGUCAGGGGACCGGUCAAGACAUCAAGGCAACAGAGAGAAAUCAUGGCCUCCACCUUCUAUAAGGUGAACGACCCAAUGAUGGCAUCCCAGAUAGCGUGGAUGAUGGAGGCCCCUCAGCUGUACAGACAGUUUUAUGACAAACCACUCCAGUUGCAACAUAAUGCAAAGAGUGACUCGGCCAUCAGUCCCCUCAGCAAGGCAAAACACAUCAUCCAGGAUUUCUUUAAGCAGAAUUCAGUGAGCAGGUUCAGGCCCUAUGAUGUCCAGGACCUCCUGCAGCCUCUCAUCUCCUGCCAGCCCCAAACAACAUCUGUUGACCAGGAGCCGGUGGCAGGUCCGUCGGGCUCCCGGCAGCUGCGCCAGCUUCUGAAGGAAACCCUGGACAUGUUACAGAAUGAGGGUAUCGUGUACCGCAAGGUCAAGUCUCAGGAUGAAGUCUAUCUUGUGACUGCACAGGAUAAAGAUCUACUCAUAGCUGUAAAAGAUAUCGUCAGGGAAGACUCAAAGAGAGAGAAGUAUGCAGAGAAGGGUUGCCACAUCCUGCACAUCCUGUCUGCAGUAAGGCAGCGGUACAGCCUGAACGUGAACAAAGCGGCACUCGAGCUGGUCCUCAAAUCUCUGGAGUGCAACAGUGACAUCGUCAGCUCCAGUGACAACCACUACACUGUGUUUUAACAGGGACUGUAACCAACGUACUGUCCGUAACCUGGCUCAUUGUACCACAGUGUGAGCGACCAAUACGAUUGAGUAAAUCAUGCGAUUUGUACUUUUGUGUUAAUAAUGAGCCUCAUCUUGGCUCCACAUUUGGUGUGUUUUAUAUUACUCCUAUCAUAUCAAGUAAGUGUGCUAAGUUUAAAUACUAAGUUAAGUAUAGAUCAUUUGAUAGACAUGUCUAAGACAGGGUUAGCUUUCAGUACCGCUGUUGAAAAAUAUUUAGCUUUUUAUAAACGCAUAUUAAAUUGGAAAAAAAUUCUAUUUUGUCAGGCUUCAGCCAAUGCUGUUCCAGACCACAGUGUGUAAUUAUAUUUGUAAAUAAAUAACCAUACCAAGACAAGAUGCAGCUCAUAUGUGGCUGUUUUAACCAUAUGUGGCCAUUUUUGGGUUUGGCUUUUAAAACACACCAAACCCAAAAAUGGUCUGCUGCUCCUCCAUUGGCCACCAUGAGCAAGAUACAUGACCCAUCUGCCCCUAACCAUUAUCUGUUUCCUCCUUACUAUAUACCCCACAUGAGUUUAAUUUUUAUUUUUUUAGCAUCACUAUCAUUUAAAAAGGCAGUUAUGAGCACACUGAAUGCCAAUACACCAUAAUAACCAACAUGCACGUGGUUAUAUUUUAAUAAGUACAUCAUAGCCAGUGUGCAUCGUGUCUAAUACAAGUACAAGUCCUACAUUAUGCCAUAUUUAACACAUUAUAAUACUGGAGAGAUACAGUUUUAUAGCAAAUGUGUCUAUACUAUGUGUAUAUGCCAGUACAGUACAGUGGAACACACUACAGCGCACACACAUACAGUUUUCACCCUGACAAACAGCAUGGUAUUUGAAUUUUUUUUUUUUUUUUACAGAUUUUCAAUUCUAGGAAGUCCCAGAUUUGCUGUGUGGUACUUUGAUUUGGUAACAUGCAAGACAAAGUAUUCACAGCCAGGGCUUGAUAAAGGAACUUUUUUUUUUAAAUACAGAGCCUCAAUAUUAGGUAAUAAGAGACAAACCAGUUUAAACUCAUUAUAUCAGUUUAAUAUUGUCAGGGCUGGAUUAACCUGCUCGUGGCAAAAAGUGAGUCAAAGACCUGUGUAAGAUGAUUAAAUGCAAACUUGUUAAAAAAAAAGGACUAUGCACCAUGUAAACAUAAUAUCUCUUGAUUUAUUUUAUACGGGGUUCCUCUUCAAGACAGGACCCCUAGGGCUAGCGAUUUCCCGUGUCUACCACCAAAGACGUAUUAUAUAUUGUAUACUGUAUUAUAUAUUCAACAUAAUGGAUAUGUUCUCCCAGAUCUGGUAAAUACUUGAAGGCUUUCAAUUUCCCAUGCCUUGGUUUGAUCCCAGACCUCGAGUUGAGAUCAUCAGGGAGUAAACUAAACUUCACGUGUAAAGUCUGUGGAGAUCUCUCGAUUUACAAUGCAGGGUUUUUACCUGAAAUACCCUCUCCCUUACAUUUCAUCAUAGUCAAUUGAUAAAAUUACCUUUACAGUCGACCUGGGGCUCCUGGGACAGUUGCCCUCUUUUGCACCAGCAGGUAAUAUGAGCCUCGCAUAUUAACAUACUCUUAUUAAAGGACAUUACCACAAAGCAGCACCCCAGGAGCACUGAGGAGCCCCGGAGUCUUGUGGCCCCCGAGGCAACUCUGGGUUAAUUGUUGUAGUGGGUAAAAUAAAGGGGGCCUAUUCAUUGAUGAAUUCGAAAAGAUGCUGCUGAGCUGUGCUUUUAGGUUUGACUUGAACUGUGAUGCUCUGUGAACAUCUUCAACGAAUCAACUUCGUGCCUUUGCUUUGUCGUUUACCAAACUGAAUCUUUUUAAAUUAUUAAAAAAAAAAAUUUUAAUAAAAAACGGACAGAAGGA